AUGGCUUCAGAACUUCAGACUGACCACUCCAUGAAUGUUGAUGACCCACACAUACUGCACGAUUCCACCGAGUCACAUCAAGACUACUAUCAUAAUGAACCUGAGGGUCUCGGAGGUGUCAAUUCAGAUGAAGGCGUUUUUACCAGUCACAUCGACGAGGAAGGCACGCUGCCCACCACUGACUUCAUUGAUUGGUUUCCUGGUGCCUCUCAGACAAAUGGCAAGGGUCAUACAUUUCUUGACUUAUUUCACUCUGACGAGAAUAGCAUAUAUUGCAUGCAGAAUCUUUACUACCCGUUCAGUGGUCGGAAGGAGUGGGAAGUUGCGUAA